GCGGUGACGUCACAGUGGAGCGUGUAACAACUCGGAGCGCGCGACUCGACUGUGGCUCCAGUCUCAGUUAUCCGCGAGCGGGUCAGGUGCUGCGAGGACCGGGCAGUGGAAGACGCGCUCCCCCCAACCCCUUCCCGUAGCAAUGAAACGGCCGAAGUAGCGCAGGCAGCUCGUGGAUGGCAGAAGUUCCCAGUUUAAUUUCCGCGCUGGCGACUGGCAAGGUGCUUGACGCUUGGAGGCGAAGAGGAGCGCCGAGUCUCGCGCCUGCUGCCUCGGCUCCUUUGGAUUACACGGAUUUACAAAAGUGAAGUCCGACGGGAAGAUCGCGAGCCCCGGACUGCGAGAGCUCGUCGCUGUCACUCCGCUGUGCCCUUGGCAAAUGGGAGUGACGGGCGCGGGGGUUUGAACCAGACGCCAGAGGACGUGCGCGAGAGAAGGGGACGAUGUUUUCCGACCAGCGGAGCAGCAGCAUCGCCAAGCAGGCGUUGAAUUUUCCAGUGGGCUUGCUCAUCAGUUCGCCCAAGAGGAGGCUGGCCAAGCUGGGUAGGAAACCUAGCAACGGCUCCGUACAGUCAAGCUCUUCCGAUGCCACCACAAAAUCGACUGAGAGCAGCGGGGUGCGCCAGCCGGCCAAAAACCGCAUCCGAAAGCACAACAACCGCCUCUCGACCGUCUUCAACCGCAGCCCCAACUUAAAAGACAGCCGGCAGAGUGUCGUGGAGCCGACGGCCGUCCACCCCAGCGAUGAUCCCGCAGAGCUCUCCACGCAGGUCUCCGCUCCUGGGGUCCUCAAGGUGUUCGGCAGCGACAUCUGCCAAGGGGCUAACUACAAAAGCGUCUUGGCGACGCCUCACUCCAGCGCACAGGAACUGGUCAAGGAGGCUCUGGAGAGGUAUUCUCUCGACAAAUCAGAUGCAGAUUCUUAUGUCCUGUGUGAUGUAAUUGGCCGCACGGGUGAAGACCACCAGUGGAAAACAGAGUGCUUCCGAGUCGUGGGGGACAACGAGAAGCCGCUCAUCUUACAGUCCCUAUGGAAACCCAAGGAGGGAUUUGCCCGGCGUUUUGAGAUCCAGAAGAAAUCGAGCGUUGAGGAAAAGGUGGCUAAGGAGAAAGACACAGUGACCGCAGGUAUCAACGCUCAGGCUCGGAAACUGCAGAAGGUGCGCUCGCGGGGCGCCUCCGUGUUCAUCGCUGAAGAUGUCAACAGCAACUUCACACUUUGGAGGAGCUUGAGUGAAAUGAACUUGUCGGUCAAGUCCAAGGACCUGCAGAAGGACGGCACGGGCCGGGGAGAGCAGGAAGUGGCGUGCCUGAGCGUCGAGAAGGAGGAGACGGAGAGCAGCGAGGACAACAGCGCCCACUACUCCAUUCAUCCGCCCUCUGAGUUCCCAUAUUUCCUCCUGCUGCAGGGCUACAGUGUCCGACAGGACUUCAUCGUGUACCCAAUGACGGGGUUGAUGCACAUUUUUGGGCAUUGCCGCGAGCCAACGUCGGGAGAGGACGAGGAACAUCUAAAGGUGGACUCCAUGCUACACGAUCCCAGUAUCCUGCCCCAGCACUGCUGUGUCCAGCGCUUGGCAUCUGAAGUCUGCUGUGAAGGCAAACGUGGGGGCAAGCAGGCCUUGAACCUUGUGAAGCCCCUCCACGGCGGCCGUGUCACGCACAAUGGAGUCCCUUUGAAAGAGGAGACUGAGCUUCUGCCCGGGGACCUCCUAGGCCUGGGCGAUUAUUACCUUUUCAUGUUCAAGGACCCUACGGUGUCACGGACCAAGCAGAGACCCGUGUGGCUGAAGGCUGCCUGCUCUAACCUCGACAAAGCCGUCAUCUGCAAAAUGUGUGGCGCGGCCUUCAGGGACGAGCCGGCUUGGAAGAGGAGAGCGGCUCACCGGAAAUCGGCACAGCGACUGCAGGAUUGUGAGGGGAAGGACCUCCUGUUUGUCUACGAUUCUACCCGGGAGGAAGAUGUCCUCAAGGAGAUAAUCAACAUGAGUGACCCUAACGGUGACGCGCCCAAGCUCACCCCGGCCUACCUGCUCUGCCUCUGCAUGCAGCACUCGGCCACCUCCUUUGAAAUCUGCAACUUCCGGAGGCUUCUGCUGCGGAUUGCCAGCCACGUCCAGACUGUCAUGUGGGAGAAGACAAAGGAGCUGGCGGGACUGCAUCCAGAAAUCAAAGCCCUGGCUGAUCCUGAUGACCUGAAUCUUCUGACCAUCCAGGAGCUCAUCCCCGGCCUGCAGCCCCUGGUCUUCUGGAUGUCCAACUCAAUUGAGCUGCUGCAUUUUAUCCAGCAGGAAGUUCCCAGGCUGCUCCUCUGGGACAUGGACGAAGAGGAGGAGGAGGAAGAUGAGGAUGAUGAUGAGAGAGAAGAUGCUUUGGGCUCGCAGCUGUCCAGCACGCGGUCAGCGAGUGAAGAAGCCAUGACCGUUCUUAAAGAGGUCAUCAUGUUUACCUUCCAGCAGUCCGUCUACUACCUCACCAAGACCCUGUACAUGGCUCUCCCGGGACUCUUGGACAGCAACCCCUUCUCGGAAUCGGGACAACUGCGCAUUCCGGAAGGGGUCAACAAGAUUCUGCUCAUCCUGAAGGAGACCCUGCAGCUGCUCAACACGUACCAGGUCCACACAGAGAUCGCCUCCCAGCUCUUCGCCUACCUGUUCUUCUUCACCAACGCCUCGCUCUUCAACGCUUUGAUGGAACGAGGAUCCGGAGGGGGCUUUUAUCAGUGGUCGAGGGGGGUGCAGAUCCGUGCCAAUCUCGAUUUGCUGCUUGACUGGAUUCAGGGAAUUGGCCUGGGUGACCUGGCACUUGACUUCUUCCAGAAACUCUCGGCUGCCGUCAACCUGCUUGCGACACCAAAGGAGAACUUACUUCAGGCUGGCUGGCGUUCCCUCCGGAGUGAGUUUGCAAGCCUCAACGCUGCCCAGUUGCACCACAUGCUGAGGGAGUACAAUCCCGGUAGGCCGUGCCCGGCCAGCUGGAGCCCAACGCCUGAGGAUGCGGACGCUGCUACAAGAACAGCUGACAUUCUGGAGAGUUUUGACGACCACCCGCCAAUCAUACUGCCAUGUUCAAACUUCCACACUGAACUGGGCAAAGCUGCCAGCGAGACUCGACUGCAGGAGCAGAUCAGUGAGCUGGAGGAGCGGUUGGCCCGGUGGAGUCGGAGCCCAUCGGUGAUGACGGUGCUGCAGACCACACAGGAGGAGAAGCUCUCCGCCACCUUGGAAAGGCUGCCCUCCCAACGCCCGGUCAGCAGAAAGAAGAGCCCUGCGCCCCAAGGAAGGUCACCCGCCGCCAGCCCCAACGAUCUCAGCGCCUGUGGGGCUGUGCUGACGCAGAAGCUGAAGAACCUGGAGUUGCAGUGCCACCUGCCGGGACAAGCAGACCUGCUGUCCUACAAGAGGCUGGCGCUCGACUCCUCCUGCCUCCUCACCCCGCCAAACACCCCGCAGGAGCCCACAGAUGGGGAGUCGGAGCACCCAGAUGGGCCACUCAGGGGGCUCGCCUCCAAGGAGGGCGCUGCAGACAACACAGUAUCCCAGUUAAAUUCAGCAGAAAAGGUGCAGGGAGACGAGGAGGACGAGGAGGUGUUUACCGUGGAGUUGGAGAGAGGACCCCACGGUCUCGGCCUCGCCUUGGUGGAUGGAUUGAAGACCCAGCUGAACAUAAGUGGGAUUUACAUCAAAUCUCUGGUGCCGGACUCUCCAGCUGCCAAAUGCAAAAAACUGCGUCAGGGGGACCGCAUUCUCGCCGUGAACGGAACGAGUCUGGUGGGACUGGACUAUAACAUUGGCAGGGAGCUGAUUCGGGCCUCGGGGGACACACUAAGGCUGCUGAUCGCCAAGUCCGAGUCCUGGGUGUCGUCGAAGAUCGCGGCCACCAGAUGCUAAAUCAGCCCUUCGAGAGACGAGACGGGACCACCGGGUGUACUCGACGUUCUGAACGGGUGAAGGAGCUUCUGCACUUAAAGGCCUGCCGCCGACAUCGACGUUAUUUAAGGGGCUUCAGAGGUCAGAGCAGCUCACUCCACGCCAGCAAGUUCAACGGAAAGGUGAAGGAGAAUCGCCAGCAUCGCCCCCUGGUGGUACAGCAGCUCUGUUCGAUUUCAGCUUUUGGGCGACGGCCAUUCAUUGAGAACUAAAAUAUUAUUUAUAUAUCUGGAAACUCGCUAACGGGUCUGUGGUGAGACCAACGUGAUGGUCGGUUUUCACAUCGGGUUCUGGACAUGGAGGGCAUUUGCAGACAAGAAGGCUUUCUGUGGUGCCCCUUUGCCAACGAGUGAGGGCAGGCUGGAGAACCGGCAACUAUUUGGUCCUGGACAUGGAAGGGCGGGGUGGUUGAACGUCAGGGAUGGACUGGAAUCAAAAGGUAACUCUGGACAAUUGUCUGGACCGGCCCACCUCAAGCAGCACUGGGCAGACGCCGAUCCCCCCAGCGCCCCCACGGUCUGCUAGUUAAGUUGUCCAUGCCAUACAGGGGCCGUCUGGGCGCUCCGACACUCCUGGAGCCGCUUUGUCCUCCCACCUCUCACCAGCAACCCUGCACCCCUUUUUGAUGAGAACAUGGUCUUCUCGGCGUCUCUACAUGGGGUCAGUCCAAAAGCGGCAAGCAACGUAAUAGAAAUAAAAAGAAAAGAGUCAGGGCUUACGUUUUUAACAGGCGCUUUGCAACAAAGUGUUUAACCCAAGGGGGGCGCUCAUGAGUAGACCCCGACCCAGAACUUCAAAGCGUUGGAGUGUAGUGAGGAAGACGACAAGGACUUACACAGGACGCAAAGGCUGCAAGAGGCCCACUGGGCACCGCGGGCACCAAAAAGGGGGGGGGGUCUCUGGUACCUCGAAUCCGCUUUGGCUUCAGCUGCAACACCUGAUGGUGAUGAAAAGUGUUGCCAACAAGUUUACGGAGCUGGCUGUGUCUUCCGAGUGUCACCUGACUCAAGAGUAACGUCAUUCGCGGUGUGAAAUGUGGCCGAGGCGGAGGAUUUCAAAGUAGUGAAGGAGAGGGAGGAGUCGCUGCAACUUCACGGGAAAAGGAAAUGGUGAUCCGUCACGAUGACCUGCAACUCUUCUUCUGCGUUGGAUUUCUUUCGAUGACAGCCAUCUGGGGGGGGUUUGUCAUGUGGUGGGCGCUGUAAUCAGCGAAGGGUCCCCACCGUGGCCAUGUCGGGGAUUUCAUGGCAAAUGGUUAGGAAAAAGAAGGCCUGAAGUGCGUGCGACUCGGCUCAUCUCGUGGUCUUUGCUGCCAUCUAGCGGAGAAUGUCAAACGAUACGCUCUGUGCGGCUUUAUUGAAGUUUAACCUCCUUGGCGUUUUGUUUACCCCCCGGAAAAUCGCACCAAGAAUAUCGAAUUGUUUUUCAACUCGGAAAAUUGUUAUCCUGUGUUAGAGAAGCAAAUAAACAUCAGAUACGGUAGAAGGGGUCCGUCCGUCUAACGUCCACUGCUGUGCGGAUGAAGAUUUAGUACUCGUCCUUCACGUGGUACGCUUUGAGAAAGUCGCUCGAUGUCGCCGUCAGGACCGUAGACUCGUUUCUGUGCGCACGUGGCUGUGUAGAAGGUCAGCGAUUGACGUGCCCGAUGGACGUGCCUCUUGUGUUAUCGUAGGCCGCCUCUUCCACAGACCGCUGCCACGUUGUGAAGUGUGCUUACGGGGCCACCUACUCUCGAUUACAAUUUUUUGUUUGUCUUUUUGUCACACAGCUACUGUCGUACCGCGCUGAAGUUUCACGUGACCCACUUCGCCAGGGCCUACCGUGUCGGUUCGGUCGUACGGCGCCUCUUCGUGUGUCCCUUUCACUGUUCCUGACAAAUUCACAUCGUCAUCGCUGUCACUCGACUCGAGCAACAGUUCAGUUUCAGGUCGUUGUAAAGCUGCCUUUACGCCUUGUCGUUUGCUAUUGGAGGCUCCGCCCCAUUCAUGAAUAUUGAUGAGUUAACGUACAGAAACAUUCACGGUGUUAGUUGCAUGAUGUUAAUGUUUCCACUAGAUGGUAAGCAGCAGAAUUCGGGUUUAAACACGUAAAGCGGGUCGUGACACGUCACCCCAAGUCUGACGUGUGGUUAACCGUAAUUGGAUGGAAUUUCAAGUCCGAGUGGCGCUCAGGAUUAACGCCGAGGAGGUUAACAAUGGUAUCUGCUUCUACUCGUUGACGUCAACUUUUAUUAGACGACGGUCUUCAAAGUGUUCAGCUGGACUUCACAGUUGAGAGCAAAACUCGGGCAAACAGAACUUCAGUGCGUACUCGGCCCACCGUUCUGCAGGCUGGCAUCGUUCAAACAAUGAAACUAUUCAAGGUCUGAGUGAAGUGCUUGCACGUUUUGCAUGAGCGUUGGAUUCUUUUCAAAUCUCUCGUCUAAUUGGUUCAUCAAAUUAGCCAUUAAACCAACUCGGCUGCCCAAGUUCCGCUCAAACUACCGGCCUCCUUUCCUUCAUGCCAGGUAGGCCUGGACCCUCUGGCAAACCUGAGGAGCUCACCCGGGUCAGCCAGGGUCCUACUAAAACAAGUCCGCUGCUCCACCGGAGCUCCUCCAAACUGUCCCAGCAGGCUUUUCUCCAGUGAGGGCUUCAAGUCCCGGGUGACCCUGCUGGAAAAUCGUGGAAAAGGAGACGCUGGGGUUGGUCCGGCCUCAGGUACAAGUGACUGCUUUUGCGGAAUCUUUAUACCGGCACAUUGAUUGUGUCACAACUGGUGGCACCCUGGUGCAUUAUGGGAAACGUGUGACACAACAACCACAAUGUAGUGGGCGCCCACCGUCAAGUCAAAAUGGCGUCAUGAGAGGUGGUUCACAAACCAGCGACUUUGUAACGGAAGAUCUACGUGAUAUUCUGAGUGCAGAAUCGGAUUCUCAAACAAAAUGUCACCAGGAUGAACUUUUUAGCCUCAAGAAAACCAAAAAAAAAAAAGAAACUCGAAUUAUAACCCCAAAGCCCCCAGCCUGCCUCCACAGGACCACCCGCUCCAGGGGGUGGACCCCAGCCUGCUCUUGUCUGCACGGAGACCCCCUUUUUGGUGUCCUGACCCACGGCGGUGACGUCCCCCUUUCAUGAAUCAAAGACAAUCGUCAAGAGCGGCGAGCGGAGUGGACAUCGCUUAGGCAGCCCACCAUGACCCAGCGGCCCCCCUUAGUGAACCGUGUGCGAUCGUCUGAGCCCCCCUUGGUGAUUUGAGUGCCCCCCGCUGUCAUACAAUGAGAAACACUUGUCUUACGUGUCAGAAUUGCCCUUUUUUUGUAUCCCGCGCUUUACUUUGAAGGUUCGGCCAUUUUGUUGGUGAGUUUCGGCCCGACGUCGCCAUUGUUGGCUCUGACAGUGUUAUUGUACGUAGCUAUUCAUAUACUGUAUGUACAUUUUAUUUGAAUUUGUAACAUUUAUAUGAACAAAUAUUUUGUUAUAUAUAAAGAUAAAAUAUAUUUUUCAUUGUGAUUUUUGGGUUUCUACCUGAAUGGAGUAAAAACGAGAAAACUGGACAAAGGGGCCACCGUCUCCACUAAAAUAAACACACACUGGUGUCUCAAA